UUAGACACAGAAAACCAAAUAUUUCCUUCUCUUGCUUAUAGAUUCGAAGGUGAUAGCAGCUGUGAAAAUGGAAUCUAGAAUGGACCUGAUCCAUAGUUCUGGGAUUCAGAUGGUACAGUACCUUCAAACCAACUACAAGGAUUCCCAAAACCUGUUCCUGUUCAUCUCAUUCGCUGCAGAUUUACGAAACACCUUCUUUGUGUUCUUCCCGAUCUGGUUCCAUCUCUGCGAGUCAGUGGGCAUCAGACUCAUCUGGGUGGCUGUGAUUGGUGACUGGUUGAACCUCAUCUUUAAAUGGAUCCUCUUUGGGCAAAGGCCAUACUGGUGGGUCCAUGAAACCUCCUUCUACAGCAACUCCUCAGUCCCAGUGGUUGAGCAAUUCCCAGUUACAUGUGAAACUGGGCCAGGAAGUCCCUCUGGUCAUGCAAUGGGCUCAGCGGGAGUUUACUAUGUGAUGGUCACUGCACUUCUAACCCUCCUGCUUCAGAAACAGCAGCAACAGCUCAAGAAAUGGUGCACUCACAGCCUGCUUUGGAUGGGAUUUUGGGGAGUGCAGAUUUGUGUCUGUUUGUCCAGGAUAUUUCUGGCAGCUCAUUUCCCUCACCAGGUCAUCACAGGGGUAAUUUCAGGUAUGGCAGUAGCAGAAGCCUUUAAUCACCUCCACUUAAUCUACAAGGCAAGCCUGAAGCAAUAUGUCUACACAACUGCCUUCCUGUUUGUCUUUGCUCUUGGAUUUUAUCUUUUCCUGAAAGCGUUUGGUGUAGAUCUUCUGUGGUCUGUGGAGAAAGCGAAAAGGUGGUGUACUGAUGACAAGUGGAUUCACAUCGACACAACCCCCUUCGCUGGCCUCCUAAGGAACCUGGGUACCCUCUUUGGACUUGGGUUAGCCCUCAACUCCCAGUUUUAUGUUGACAGUUGUAAAGGGAAUCAAGGACAAAGACUCAGCUUCAAACUCAGUUGCAUUGUGUUUUCCAUAAUAGUUCUACAUUUAUUCGAUUCCUUCAAACCACCAGCUAAGAUCGAACUUCUGUUUUACUUCUUGUCCUUCUGCAAGAGUGCUGCUGUACCUCUUACAGCUGUAGCAAUCAUCCCGUACUGUCUGUCUCACAUCACAAAUACAGAAAACAAAAAGAGUGUAUAGUUUGGAACAAAAAACUGCAGAAGUAUGCAGUCUAUAUUGACACAGUAAUAAUAACAUGCUCUGAACUGUAGCAGAAUGUAGUUUCAUCUUGGAUGUAAACAUUCAUGUCAGUUGUAGGAGAAAGCUGGACUUAAUGUACAAGCAAGUAACCUUUUACUUUUGGAUACUCGUGGUUUGUUACCGCUGAAAAGGUCAGUUUGCUGGGUUGUGGUACAGUACAACGGGAAUGAUACGCAAGCAAAAAUAUGAACAUCUGAUUCAUCCAAAGUACAGAUCAAUGGAAUCAUUGGAUCUGUACAAAAUGGAAGUGUGAAUGGAGACUGACAGUGCAUAGUUUAAAGAAUGCAUAAAAGGUGUACAUAGCCAUUAGACAAACUUUCAUAUGCCAGUUUUGCAAGAAACAGAAAACCAUGCUGAAAUAACUUGUCAGGCAGACAAACAUACUUCCUGAAAAAAAACAUUUAGGUCUUUCCAUAGGUAUUCGUUGUCUUUACAAUCACAUAUAUGUUAAAAAUUAUGGAAUUUCAAGGGAGGGUUACUCCCAAUCACUUCUUCUCAACAAGCACAUGCACGCAUGUGCACAGAGACACAGGUACACAGGCAGACAGACAGACAGGCACACACACACACACACACACACACACA